AAAAAAGCACCCUACCCUCGCGCUAGAGAGGCUGGACACCGAGCGCGAGAGCGGGCGAGGGAGAGACUGUCCGAGGAUGACUCUGGGCACGGACGCGUCCGACAGCUCGGCGCCGUCCGCGGACGACGUGGAGGACAUCGACGUGGUUGGAGGCGACGUGGCGACGACGCAGGACGGGAGGUACGCGCCGCGCCUCGCGCCUUUCCGAACGGAUUCGGACGAGGAGGACGACGACGAUGACCUGGACGACGCGUCCAGGCUCGCGGCGGCCGCCAAAGACGGCAGCGGCGACAGCGUCGUGGUCGUCGGUGACGCGGAAAGUCCGGGCGAGUCCGUUGCGGCCGCCGCCACCGACAAGGCGUCCAAGAACGCGCUCGUGAAGCCGCCGUACUCGUACAUCGCGCUGAUCACCAUGGCCAUCCUGCAGAGCCCCAAGAAGCGGCUCACGCUCAGCGAGAUCUGCGAGUUCAUCAGCGGCCGCUUCCCGUACUACCGCGAGAAGUUCCCCGCGUGGCAGAACUCCAUCCGCCACAACCUCUCCCUCAACGACUGCUUCGUGAAGAUCCCGCGCGAGCCGGGCAACCCCGGCAAGGGCAACUACUGGACGCUGGACCCGGAGUCCGCGGACAUGUUCGACAACGGCAGCUUCCUGCGGCGGCGCAAGCGCUUCAAGCGCCACCAGGGCGGCGACAUCCUGCGGGACACCGGAGGCUUCCUCCCGGGAUUUUACCCCCCCUACGGCUACGGCUACGGCCUCCAGCUGCAAGCCCUUCACAUGCCCCACCACCACCACCAUCACCAUCACCACCCGUACCAUCCCGCCCACACUGGGGCAACGUUUCCGUUCCAAAACGCUCCGUGCGCCCUCGCCAGUCCGCCCUCCGUUUUCCCACCGCCGCCGCCGCCCCCACCGUCGUCUUCGUCGUCCCUUUUGGGGGCAGAUCCUCGGAAGCCCUUCUACCCGGACACGGGGCUGGUGGUGCGAGCGCACAAGCUUGACAUGAACUCCAACUCCGGCGCCAACGGGACCGGGAGCGCGCCCGGGCGCCCCUCACCCUUCACCAUAGACAACAUCAUAGGCGCCGCGCCCGCGCCCGCGCCCGGCUACAGCCCUAACACGGCGGCGCACGUGCUGGCCGUGAUCGCGCCCUCGCUCGCUCCGCCGCCUCCGCCGACGCCGUCGACGCUGCGCGCUCAGACUUUCUCCAGCAAGAACCUAAACGGCUGCCACUUCUGACUGGACUUGAACUUGAAGCAGCCGUUUUUUUCGUUUGUUUGUUUUUUUUUUAUUUUAGAAAAAAAGCAAAACCCCUUUCAUAAGGUAGGAUUGACAUUUCGUGCUUUUAUUUUGGGAAACUAAAAGUCUCACUCAAGAUUUGUGGGGGUAAAUUUGACACGCAGUAAGGGUGGAUUCAGGUCAUAUGGGACAUUCAAUAAUGCAGAGAGAAGUACUGAUGUUUUCAUACUUUUCCCUCUUCUGUUAAAUGCGUUCAGAUUCCUCGGUUUAAAUCGGAUCCAGUAAUCCGGGUUCGCGUCACUUUAACGGAAUGAACACAGCUCAGUUUGCUUACAUAGAUUAAAAAGAAUUUGCAGCCAACUGUAAGAAAUGAAAUGCAAAUAGAAUUUUUACAGCAAGCUCGACAUUUCACAGCAAAGCAAAACAACACGCUUCACAGGAGAAUUCCACCCAUUUUUCCAAAAUUUCCUCGCAGGGGAAUUAUUAGAUGGGAACAUUCAUUCCGAGCGCUUUGAUGUGAAACGGUUCAUCGCUGAGAAGCUGGCAGACUCAGAUUUUCACAGUGGUGGUGAUGGGAACCAGGGGUCACCAUGACUACAGCACAAAGCCAUAUAGCCUUUUUAUUUACUGUGUAAAGCACCAGUAAGCCUACACGUGUCCUCUGAGCGUUUACGUGGAAGGCUGGUGACGGUGAAGUAGUGAAAGAGUGGAAAGCGGUUUUAUUUGGGGACUAUUUUGCCUUAGAACACCCUGCGUGUAUCCCCACACCUUUGUAGAAAAUACGCUGUAGGCCAAAAGGUCAUCAUGUCUCAAAGCAGUUCACCCAGCACCUUCGUGCGAGGGAGCUUUGAGAGGUGGACGUCUGGUUCCUAUCACCGCCACUGUGAACGGUUCCAGCCAAGUUUCUCUAGAACUGAACUGAACUGAGGAUUUUACACCAAACCGCUCUGCAAGUCUUAACGUCUUAAAUAUUUACCGGUGAAGAAGGUUUGGAACGGGUCAGUGGGAUCCCCCGCGCGCUUUUCUACCGGAGCAAACGAAAUCCUGUAAAUAGGAGACUUCCGUUAGGUUUUUAUCAAUAACGUGAACAGAUCCGUUUGCGGGGAAACCGAGUGAGAGAAUUUCGAGGUUCAGCGUGACACUGAAAAUUGAUGUCCGUAUAACAUCUGGAUCCACCCCAGGAAUAAUUCUAUUUAUGAACUGUAAAUAUGUACAAUAGCAACACCAUGAAGGCAGAGAGAUCCUAUAAAAGCAGCUUGAGGUUAAGAGGUCGAGAUUUCACCCCUUUUCCCGCCCUUUUCUCCUCUGAAAUCGACUCGUUUUGGGGGAGAAAAUGAAAAUUCGAUUCAUUCAGUUCGCUCGUUGUGCUCGAAUCCCUGUCCGUGGGCUUCAGUCAAGGCUGUCAUUUGCUAUGUUAAUGGUUUAUAAGCAUAUAUGUAUGUAUGUAUGUAGGUGAGGGAAUUUGUGAAAAGCACUGUUGAUAAUAAUAAUAAUAAUAAUAAUAAUAAUAAUCACACCGAGAGCGAAAACUCAGGUCGAACUCGUUCCUUUGGAGAAGCACAUGGCUGGAGAGACAGUGGGGUUGUAAAUAGAUCACCCAGGCUGAUUUCCCACUCCCCUCCCCAACGAAGUGGUCGUGAACUUAAGCGUUAUUUUCCAGAUCUUAUUUUAUUAUUAUUAUUAUUUUCGUCCGUAGACGACUAGGUGGCGUUGGUGUAAAUCGCAUUACCUCUCAUUCUGUUCUGGUGUUUUUUCCCCUUGUGCAUACGGUCUUAUUAUUAUUUACAAUGAAAAUAAUCUGUGAAGAGGAUGUUGUUCUACGUGUAAAGACGGAUGAAGCUCGUCAUGUCUAUAGGUCAUUCUGUUGUAAUGAUAAGAAAAUAAAUGUUUUGUGAAUUUUAAA